AUGAUGACCCCACGCCGAGGGAUUCCUCAAGUUGAUUCGCUUGCAGCAAUCAUAGAAGAUGGCGCCACUCCCCGCUCCCGUUCCAGGGGCCCCAUGACUCCUCGCCACGACAAGCCCCAGGUCAAUUUACAUACAGCUCCACCAAGGCAUCCACCACCCAGGUCGUCUUCCAAAAAGAAACAUCGCAAGCAACAUAUUCCCUAUGACGAAAUGGACGAAGCUUCUAAAGAAGCGCAUAUCGUCCAAAAGAUUGAACUGGCAAUCAAGAAAUCAAAGUCGGAGCGAAAAGCAUCCACCAGGUCUCAAGCUUCUGGGCCCAAGCGACGGGACCAUGAACCCAAUACACCGGCUCAGCAUCACCGUCAGUGGCCCGAAGAUCAGGACGAGAAUUAUCAGAUGAACAAGUCUGGUGGAGGAGGCAAUCAAAGAGGCAGACCCAGGCGGUCCGGCUCCAACAAAUAUAAAGUCAGUCGGCACAGACCCAAACCCGCCCUAGAAGCUCCUAGAAUGGACCCUGAACGGCUAAAGUCUAGUUUGAUGGAUCUAGAUGAGCAAAUGGAACACUUCUCUGAAAUAGAUGGGGUUGUAGACGACAAAAGGGGAUUCCAGAUUGAUGUGGACGAGCAGUGGCUCUCCAAUACCUUUUCGGAUCCGACAUUGGAUACCUACGAACACAAUCAUUUCUUUGGCCAAGACAAGCGUCUGGGCAUGCUGGAUCCCCAGCGCAUUCAGUGUGGCCCAGGAGGGGCGUCAACCGCAGAUUCGUCCAGGAGUGCCAAGGAACCGGAUGCGGUGUCCAGUAUCAUUGACCGCAUCUACGAGAAGAAGGAGCAGACGGGCAAGACUUACACGCGCAAAUCAAACCACCAGGCCAAAGAGAAAAAAGACCAAAGGAAAGGGAAUACGAACCAUGGGAAUGCGAAAGAAGAGCCUCCGAAAGAGCUCAUCAGUUUUGAUCACUAUGAAGAUGAUGACGGGUACUACUACGAAGAUGAAGAGGAUGAAUACCCGAUUUAUCCGGGCUCGAGGCCACCGCCUCCUAGACCCGCCAUGCCAGAUGUUCCAAUCAGUAUGAGCAUGAAUAUGCCAUCUCUUAUUGGAGCUGGCAUCACAACAAAAACCAACAAAGAAUCUUCCGGGGCGCAGCAUUCACUCAGUUCCUUGCAGGCACAACUGGAUGAAAUCAACCAGUUGCAUCGGGAUAUUCAGCGCCAGCAAGACCUCAUUAAGCAAGUGACUCAACUCUCUUCCCGUGAAGCUAACCAUCAGCACAUUCGGCCGAAUCCUCAUGAAACGAGUGCCAACGUGUAUCAGAGGGAGUUGGCCCGUCAAGCCCAGGCAGAAUUGUGCCGCAUGGAGCUGGUCCAGAAGUCCAUGAUGUUGGAAAAGCAAAUGGACAUCUACCGACGUAAUCAAGAGGAAUGGAAUAAGGUCAGAGACUUGGCGAUCAAGGAAGAAGAAAACAGAAGAAAGAUUGUUGAAAAGGCAAAGGAGGUCUGGCAAGCUGAAAUGAGGACGAAGCUUUCGUCAGAACACAACGACAAAUACGCCAACGAAAACUACGCCAGUGACAAGUUUGGAAACGGCGGCGGCGGUGGUGAUACCGGUAUCCUUCCUCGCAUCGUUGAGGGGAAUUCUAUCCUUGAGGGAACUUCUGGAUCUAAGGAGUCUGAAUCCAAAGCGCUUUCCAAGGCAUCUACCGAAUCAAGCAAAGAAUCAGCUCAACAACAACCCCUGAGCUCUGAAGAUACUGAUGACGCGCCAUCGCUCUAUGAGAAGGUUGCCCAGCUGAACAAGCGGGCCAUGAUCACAGAAGAAGACCAGAAGAUCAUCGAGGCGGAGAUUCUUAGAGAUUUGCACCGAGAGCUGUCCAAACAAGUUGCCGAGAAUGUGACAAACAAGCCACUAUUCUGUCUCUGA